UUCCAAACAAAUAAAUAAUAAAAUAAAGAAGAGAAAAAACUUUUAAAAUUUUAUUCCGAAAAUUGCCAAAAUGUUCGCCAACUCUUAUUUCAUAAAACUGCUAACGCGGCAAUGCACCACCAACGAUCUGCAGCACCUGCUGCUCGUCUUCUUCACCGUGUUGACAGUGAUCGCUUUCUUGCAAUGGCUACUUAAAGCCUAUCGAGAGCUGCGCAAUCUGCCACCGGGUCCAUGGGGUUUCCCCGUUAUCGGCUAUCUCUUCUUUAUGGGCAAUGAGAAGCACACCCGCUUCAUGGAAUUGGCCAAACAAUAUGGUACACUCUUCUCCACGCGUCUGGGCAAUCAGUUGACCGUCGUGAUGAGUGAUUAUAAAAUGAUACGUGAAUGUUUCAGGCGUGAAGAGUUCACCGGCAGACCGGACACGCCGUUUAUGCAAACAUUAAAUGGUUUUGGCAUUAUCAACAGCACCGGUAAAUUAUGGAAGGAUCAGCGUCGUUUUUUGCAUGAAAAGCUACGCCAAUUCGGCAUGACUUAUAUGGGCAAUGGAAAGCACGUAAUGGAGAAGCGGAUUAUGACUGAAGUACAUGACUAUAUUCAAAAUUUGUCCGCCUCCAAGGGUCAACCUAUGGACAUGGCACCCGCCAUUAGCGUCGCCGUCAGCAAUGUUAUUUGCAAUAUAAUGAUGUCUGUACGUUUCUCAAUUGACGAUUCGAAAUUUCGGCGUUUCAAUUUUCUCAUCGAAGAGGGUAUGCGUUUGUUUGGUGAAAUACACACCGUCGAUUAUAUACCUACUGUACAGUAUUUUCCCUGGAUUUUAACGGCCAAAACGAAAAUCGCCAAAAAUCGCGAAGAGAUGCAACGUUUCUAUCGUGACGUCAUCGAUGAUCACAAAAAAACCUUCGAUCCAUCGAAUAUACGUGAUUUGGUUGAUUUCUAUUUGGCUGAAAUUGAAAAGGCGCAGGCCGAGGGACGCGAUGAGGAGUUGUUUGAUGGCAAAAAUCAUGAGGAACAAAUCGUUCAAGUGAUUAUCGAUCUCUUCUCCGCCGGCAUGGAAACAAUUAAAACCACUUUGCUUUGGAUUAAUGUAUUCAUGCUACGCAAUCCCGAGGCAAUGAAACGUGUACAAGAAGAACUCGAUCAGGUUGUUGGACGUCAUCGUUUGCCGUCAAUUGAGGAUUUACAAUUUUUGCCAGUGACCGAAUCGACAAUUUUGGAGUCGCUUCGCCGUUCAUCGAUUGUGCCGCUCGCUACAACGCACUCGCCAACAAGAGAUGUCGAAGUGAAUGGUUACAAAAUUCCCGCCGGCUCACAUGUCAUUCCGCUCAUCAACAGCGUACACAUGGAUCCAAAUUUAUGGGAGAAACCCGAAGAAUUCAAUCCACGCCGCUUUCUCGAUACCGAAGGUAAUGUGCGUAAGCCCGAAUAUUUCAUACCCUUCGGUGUGGGCCGACGCAUGUGUUUGGGUGAUGUGUUGGCGCGCAUGGAACUCUUCCUUUUCUUUGCCUCUUUCAUGCACUGCUUCGACAUUACACUACCCGAGGGACAACCAUUACCGAGUUUGAAGGGCAAUGUAGGUGCAACAAUAACACCAGAGGCCUUUAAGGUGUGCCUAACACCACGACCGCUCUCGCGAAAAACGAAGGCUGGCGAAACGCACAAUGUACGCAAUGUUGGCUCAAAUUAAAGAGAGUAAGCAAAACCGGUGAGCGCGUGUUGUACUUACACGUAUGUGUAUGUGUAAAAGCGGAGGCACGCCGAAAUAAAGAUGAAAAGCGUAUGCAAAAUGGCGGCAAGCAGAAAAGUGUGUGAAGGAGAUGGCGAGAGCAUGCGCACAUUGCUUGCGUAUGUGAGGUAAUUUCUGCGGGUACACACGCAUGCUCUUCACACAUGCAUACGUUUGACAUACCAGAGCACGGUCUUGUUCCUAAUUGACGAUUACUAAUUGUCGAUGCAACAAAUAACAAAAUAUUUUUAAUUUUUUUCUAUUAAAAAAAAAAAAACAACAACAAAACACAUGAGCUAUACGAUUAAAGUAUACAUACAAACGUAUAUAUAUAUAUAAAUUAUAUAUAAUUCAUAUUUGUAUGCAGCGAGGAGAGAGAGCAGAAUAACGAAGAAUGAAGUAAAUGUAUUUUUAUAGUUUUUAGUAAACAACAAAACAAAGACAAAAAAUUGAUAGAGGGUGGGUGGAAACGCGAGAAAGAGUGUGAAAGUGAGGUUAAAAACUUGUUUAACCUAAAAAUAUAAAUUUUUAAUAGUAUUUUCAUUAAAAAACAACAACAACAUUACAAAUUUCAUUAAAAUAGUUAGUUAAUUAAAUGAAUUAAUUAAAUAAUACAGUAUUACACAGAUAAAUGUGACUUUGACGUUUGAUUGCCUGAAAUCCAUUUAUCCGUGCAACACUGUAUUUGAAUUUGAAAUAUUAAAGUUCACCGUUAGCGCUUACUUACCGUUUCCUUGGUGGCUGUUUAAAUACCUUUUUUUGUUUGAUUUAUCAUUUUGUUUACCAGCUACGGGCAAGUAACGGUAAAUAAACUUUUUUACAUACAAACAUAUGUACAUUCGUAUAUAAGAUUAAAUGAAUAGAUAAAUA